UCAGAGGGAAAUCAAAUAACAGAGAAGAAGAAGAAGAAGAAGAAGAAGAAGAAGAAGACGAAGACGAAGAAGAAGAAGAUGGUUAAAGAUAUGCCAUCAAUGGAUGACAUCUACGAUCUCAUUGAAGAGGCAAAACUUCGUUUUCUCUGGUGGUCUCUUUGCGUAUUCGCCAUUUCCUAUUUCUUAACUAAUACGAGUAAAUCAAUGUGGAUGAAUGUACCAGUCGCUAUUUUGUGUGUUGUUGCUCUGCGUAUUCUCUUGAACAAGGUAGAAUUUCGAUGGAGGCUCGAACCGCCUAAACCGCACACAUAUCUUUCUCAUUUGGAGAGGAAACAGUUGUCCAUAGACGAUGCACGCCUCUCUACUUCGCCUCCACCGCCGAAAUGGAGGAAAAAGAUCGAUUCUCCUCUCAUAGAAGCCGCCUUGAAUGAUUUUUUGGAUUUGAUAUUGAAAGAUUUCGUCAUGAAUAUGUGGUAUGCAGACAUCACUCCGGAUUUAGAGUUUCCUGAGCAGAUACGUGACAUAAUCAUGGAUGCUAUUGCUGAAGUGACAAUGAGGGUUAAAGACAUGAACCUUGUCGACUUGCUCACAAGGGACAUAGUUGAUUUAAUAGGUGAUCACAUAGACCUUUUUAGAAGAAACCAAGCAGCCAUUGGUGUUAAUGUUAUGCUAACGCUGUCUUCUGAGGAAAGGGAUCAAAGAUUGAGGUUGCAUUUGUUGAAUUCUAAGGAGCUCCAUCCAGCACUAAUAUCUCCAGAGAGUGAGUACAAGGUUCUUCAGCGGCUAAUGAGUGGGGUAUUAGCUACAAUUCUGAGACCACAAGAAGCUCAAUGUCCUGUAAUUCGAUCUAUAGCCCGGGAAAUUUUGACUUGCUUGGUGAUGCAACCUGUUAUGAAUUUGGCUAGCCCUGCGUACAUCAAUGAGAUUAUUGAGUCUGUUCUACUUGUCAUUAACGAUGAUGGUGCAAAUUUGACUGGUGGUGGUAAUGGUGGUCAGUCAACUAAUAUAUCCACUCAUAAUCAUGGCCAUUCUGUUGCUUCUGGAGGUGGACAUGAUAAUCAUCCCGCCUCUGCAGAAUGGGCACAACUGCUGGACGCCGCAACUCAAAGAAGAACCGAAGUUCUUAUGCCUGAAAAUCUUGAGAACUUGUGGACAAAAGGAAGGGAUUACAAAACAAGAAAGAAUUCAGAAGGAAAGCCUUCACUUUAUCCAGUACAUACAACCAGUUUAGAUCCCCAGUUUUAUGCUGGAAGCCCACAAAGAGCAGAAUCUUCACCAAACCAGGACAAGGAGUUAUCUCUUGAAGCCGGACAUCGAAUUGAUGAAGUGAAGGAUAUGAAGGAUCCCGUUUCCAAUAAGUAUAAAAGAAAACUCAUGAGAUCCAACAGCACUUCUGGCUUGGAAAUCCAACCUGUUAAAGCAGGGUCCACAAUGUCAGAGUUACAUAUCUCAGAAAAUGAGAAGCAUGGUGAGAUCACUCGUGUUAAGAGUGGUUAUGACACUGCUGUUAGAAGAGAGGGACAAUCUAUUCCAAAGCCUCGAUGUCGGGUAAUAGGAGCAUAUUUUGAGAAACUAGGGUCUACAUCUUUUGCUGUUUAUUCAAUUGCAGUGACUGAUGGAAUAGAGAAAACAUGGUUUGUAAAAAGAAGAUACAGGAAUUUUGAGCGCUUGCAUAGAUAUCUAAAAGAAAUUCCUAAUUAUACGCUACAAUUGCCUCCAAAAAGGAUAUUUUCCUCAAGCAUAGAGGAUGCCUUUGUCCAUCAACGUUGUAUUCGACUGGAUAAAUAUCUCCAGGAUCUCCUAUCAAUACCUAAUGUUGCUGAACAACAUGAAGUAUGGGAUUUUUUGAGUGCUUCCUCAAAGAACUAUUCUUUUGGACAAUCUUCAUCAAUGAUGAGAACCUUAGCAGUAAACGUUGAUGAUGCUGUUGAUGAUAUUAUGCGCCAGUUCAAAGGUGUGUCAAGUGGUUUCUUACAAAAGGUCGUUGGUUCGUCGCCCCCUACUGCUGAAACGUGUGCAUCAGCCGCAUGGAACUCGAACACGUCCUGGAAUACUAAUGUUGAAAUUGAUAGUAGCAUUUCUAGGCAGAUUUCUGCAGAAAGUGCAGCAACCUCUGAUAAUGAAGAAGGUGACAAAGAAACUAAUUUUGAUGGUGAAAUAUCAGAAGAUAUUAGGUGGCGUUUUGACAAUGACUUGAACUCAAAGGGUUGUUCACCACAGGUAAUAAACCAUAGUAAAGAGUCUACCAUCUUGGAUCCAGAUAGAAAAAAUGACUCAACAAUGGAAAGUAGGGUUGGCAAGGAUCUUCCACCUACAAAUUUCACUCCGGCUCAUGAUAAUUUGGAGGAUCGAGUUAGAGUGCCACCUGAGUGGACUCCACCUAACGUGAGUGUCCCUAUUUUGAAUUUGGUUGAUAAUGUAUUUCAGCUUAAGAGAAGAGGUUGGUUAAGAAGACAAGUCUUUUGGAUAUCAAAGCAGAUAUUACAGUUGGUAAUGGAAGAUGCUAUUGAUGAUUGGAUUCUAAGAGAGAUCCAUUGGCUUCGGAGAGAGGAUACCAUUGCCCAGGGGAUUCGGUGGCUCCAAGAUAUCCUGUGGCCUGGAGGUACCUUUUUCCUAAGAGUACGGACAGCCCAGAUAUUAAUGGAUGGAAUUGAUCAAAAGCCAUUGCAAGAAACAAAUGAAUCUGUUGGAAGUAAGAUUCCAAGAACAGAGUCAGGGUCUUUCGAGCAACAGCUUGAAGCUGCUCGUAGAGCAAGUGAACUCAAGAAACUGCUCUUUGAUGGAGCUCCGGCAGCCUUGGUGAGCUUAAUUGGUGCGAAACAAUAUAGACGUUGCGCCAGUGACAUAUAUUACUUUAGCCAGUCUUCUAUAUGUGUGAAGCAACUUGCUUAUGCAAUCCUUGAACUUCUACUUAUAUCUAUAUUUCCGGAGUUGCGGAAUGUUGUCAUGAGUGUUCAUGAGAAUAUGCAUGUUCACCAACCUGUAUAGACCUCCUUGUUGGCCAUCCUGUCGAAUGUGUCACUUAUGCUAAAUAUCAGAUCGUCAUAGUAGGAAGACAAGACCAUUUUUCCCCCUCUAGUGGUGCCAUUGAUAUAUGGCUUUAUUUGCUGGCUACUAUUCAUUCUUUAAGCAAGAAAAGCUGCCAUGAUCAAUGGUUUUUGUUUUAAUUUGCAUCUUGGGAACAUAGGGCGUAGUUUUGUAAACUUAGAUUAUGUACAGAAAAAUCAUUUAUCUUGUUGAUUAUCAAGAUUUUUGUAUUGUGAC